AUGAGCACCCUCAACAACGUGGAUUCAGUUGCAAAUGCCAACCAGGGCAGCUUCAAGCCCUCCGUCGCCCCCGAUGGACCUAUGACCACCAAGGGUCACCAACCCGGACGCAAGGUCAAUGAGGCCGACCAGCGGCCCGAGUUCCAUCUCCAGACCUACCCCCGGGGAAGUGCGCCCGCUAGUAACUCCUACACGCCCAACACGGAAAACGAGGUUGGCAGCCAAGCCAACAACCCGGACGUGCUGCGCGGACACGGCAAGGAAGCAGUUCACACCUCCGCAGCUGACACCCUGAUGGGGGCGACUUCACAGGAUGUGAACCAGGGCAUGGGCCGGCCGUUGCAAGGCCAAACCGGCGUGGAGCUCCAACAUGAUGGCGCCCACGGUCGCAAGAAGGACUCGGCCGGCCUGGAGACUGUUGGGGCUUACCGUGAGGACAAAGGGGUCGAGCGCCGGUUCCCCGACCAGCGCGGCUAUGAGAAGGAGCAGACUAGCAGCGGCCUGCGCAGUGACAAAGCAGACCGCGCGGCCGAGAACAUGGUGCCUGACUCGGCAUGA